GGCAUCUGGAGGGUGUGGAUCCGAUCAGAUGUCGAAUAUCCAAAACUGACUUAUUUCACCGCAGUCAGGGACUCCUGAAACGUACGAUUGCUUCAUCACGAUCGCAUCAUCGGCCAGACAGAUGAUCUGCGCGGUACCAGAAUAAGGAAUUUGUAUGGUGGAAAAGAUUUCGGAUGACAGUAUGACUCGGCUUUUCUGUCUCAGCAUGAAACAUAAAAUGAAAAUGAAAGUAUGAAAGAAAGACGAUGAUGAAGGACGAAAGUCUCAGAGUCCUUUUGAUCUUGUUCGUCAUUAGCUGUGAUGGUUUCCUGCUACACGGCUCUGCUGGUCCUCUAACAGCCCGGCUGGGAGGAGCUGUACUGCUACCCUGCUUUGUGGACAGACCCCUGCCUUUGGAGGAGCUGGAGGUGGACUGGAGAAGGACUGAUUCAGACACCAUCGUGCACCUAUUCCAGGAUGGUCAGAGCAGACCUGAAUCACAGGGGGACGCCUACAGGGGCAGAGCCCACUUCUUAUCUCAGGAAAUCCCCAAAGGCAACUUCUCUCUGCUGCUUGAUGGUGUGAGGACUGCAGAUGCAGGAGUGUACAAGUGUGUGGUUUAUACAGAGCAGGAGCAACGUGAAACACGGGUGGAAAUACAGGAAGCAGAGCGGCUGGUGGUGACGGGUGUAGAUGAGCCUGUCUAUGCACAUGCUGGAGAGGAUGUGACUCUCAGCUGCUCUGUGGACACCCAUGUUAAUGUGACAGAGCUUCAGGUGGAAUGGAGAAAGACAGACGAUGACGGUGACAUCUUGGUGCUUCUGUAUGCUGAUGGAGAGAACAGACCGGAGUCACAGGAUGAGAGAUACUCUAGAAGAGCUGAAUUCUUCACUGAGGAAAUUCCCAAAGGAAACUUCUCAAUGAAACUGAGGAAAGUCAGGACUGAAGACAAAGGAGAGUUCAGGUGUGAAGUCCACUCAGAUACUGAUUCUGCCAGUACAACUGCCAGGAUAGCAGCACUGGGUUAUUCAUCCCUGCAUUGGCUGAUUCUGGGGCUGUGCAUCGCUGUCACACCUGUAGUCCUACUUACUGGGGCUUUAUCAUUCUGGCAUUUAAUAAGGGGAGGUAACAGCAGACAGGCUCUGUUGUGUCACUGUUUACAUGUCACAGUCCCACAGAUCAUGGUUUCCACAGCAUUCAUCCUGUGGGGUGUAACUGAAGGAUCCUCGGGAGAGGCUGCUGUUUGUGCUGCCGUCAAUCUGCUGAGUAUCCUGCUGAUGUUUGUUAUGGCUCCAUAUGUGGUCUCAACAGAAAUGGUGGGUGAGAUUAAAUACGUGACCCUGUCUUUCGGAAGCACCAUCAUUAUCACAGCUGUAUGUGCAGGUUUUCUCAUUGAGUUUUCAGCAAAAUAUUCCCCAACUCCAGCUGAGAAAGCAACAUUUGCAGGAAUUUUUGGUGGAAUCAUAUCUAUGUUCAUAUUUUUUCUUGUACUCCGAAUUCUUCGCUUUGUCCUUUGGAUGAAAAAUACUGCAGUUAUAAUCCGUGUCUAUGUAGGAAGAAUAACCGCAAUUAUAUUUCUUGUCAUCAUGGCUUCAUACAUAAUUGCUGCCAGUGUUGUCCUUGCAAAAUAUCAUUCGGAUGUAGCUUGGAAAGAACAACUUGGAACAUUUGCAACUAUGCUAAUGAUUCCAGUCCUCAUGGUUUUAUUGCCAGUUGGAUUUUGUAUAUUUUGGAUAAUACGCUCCCUAAAGACAACUGGGAAAGUAGAUUUUAGAGACAUUUUUGUGAUCUGGAUACUUUUCAUGUAUCAUCCCUUAUUCUUCAACAUGUUGUUCCUUACUAUUUAUUCUCAACUCUUUGCCUGGAUGCAAGACACGUUCAUAUUAGGAUAUUCAAUUCCAAUCGCAGUAGCUGCUUUGGGAUUAAGUGCCUGCAUAUUUAUUCAGGAAUUUUUGUGUGCAUAUGACGCACCCUUGGAGGGAUUUUACUAUUUGGCUCAGAAAAUCCUUCUGGGGAUUUUCUUCAUGCUUCACCCAAUAUUAAGUUUCCUGUAUCUAAGUGUGAUUCUAGAAAAUGACAAAGGAGCAGCUGUAACGAUAUGCGAGUAUGUGUUUAUCUACAUGCUGACUGCCGCAUCAUGUUUGCGAGACUGGCAUCGGGAUGAAAUACUUGCCAAACCCCAUAAAUAUGUAUAUUUCUCUGGGGCUUUUGCUCUCCCUCUCCUGAAUUCUGUUGCUCUGGCUGUAGCAUUAAAACUCAAAGCAGACACAGGAAAACAGCCACUGGACCUGCGGCUGAUUGUCCUGAUUUCUGGGUCUGUCUUCCUCUUUGCCUGGCUUGUUAUACAGAUGUCUGCAUACUGUUUGGCCAAAAAAGAGAAAAUAAAGGAAGAGUUGCACUUAGUUGAGAGACACCAAGAUCCUGAGCCAGACAAGCCCAGGCUGCUGGAGCUCCUGCUGCAUGCUUGCGAGUGCCAGGACUAUAAGCAGGCCAACAAGGAGGUGUGGUGGUGUUCCCAGCCCUACUGCCGCACCAUGAGGAAGGUCCUGGACCACAUGCCCCAAUGCCAGGCCGGCGCGUCCUGCCAGGUGAAGAAUUGCACUUCCUACUGUCAGAUCAUCUCAAACUGGGUGAGCUGCACACAACCUGACUGUCCCAAUUGUCUGCCACUGAAGAAGGAGGGCUACAGACAGCACUGUAAUUUUGUGGCUGUUCUCCCCCCUUCUGUGGCGGCUGGUCUACAAAACCCACCGGAGGAAUCUGAGGUGUGUGAUUUUAAAGUUUAAAGUCCAUGAUCACUGGGAAUUUGACACUCGGACCAAUGAUCUCAAUCUUACCGGAUGGCUCUGAAAUAAGAUCUUUGCAGCUUGAGGACCCAGACAUUACCAAAAUGCUGUCCUGGAUUAAGGAGGUCACAGUGCCCACCACGCAGACUCCUAAGAGGGUCUCCUCUCGGCCUUAGGAAGCUGUCAGCAGUAGAUGGGCUGUCAUGUCGGACGUCUCCUUCAGCAGCUCCAUGGUGGGCCUGCUUCUGCCCACUUCUCAGCUGGACUGGUCUGUGGAGCCACUAGACAGACAUGCUGUUGGCCCUCUGUGUUGAGUGACACUGGUGUGAGUGAUGUAGGACCUGUCAGACAUGCAGGUCUCCUGUGCCCAGACAGAGGAUCCCUAUGGGGGAGGGGGUCUCUUGUUAGCUGACCCUUGUAGUGAGUGGCUGAGAGUCACACACAGCUGGUGCCACAAUGGAAAGGCCCCUAUCAAGUCAGGCAGACACUGGACUCCACGGCAGAAAUGGGAUCCACCUGUCGCAUUGUUAACGUGUAUAUAUAUACGAAAUAGGAAGUAAUGUAUAAUUUGGUCUGUUUAAAUGUUAAAUAUUUAAAUGUAAGUUUAAAUAUGCUGUUCCGUCUCAUUAUUCUGAACUUCAUCUCAUUAUUCUUAUUUUGUAAGGUUAGGUAUUUGUUGUGCUCUGAAAGCAAUGCUUAAGCUAUUCCUAUUUCAAGCCACUAGGUGGCACUAUGUAAUUAUGUUAUACAAUUGAAUAUUAUGCACAUAUUCAAGACAAAAUAAAGAACAGUAAUAACUUGAA